CCGCCCCCCGGGUCAAAGCCUUCCAGGUCACCUGUGAGCCUCCGCCCAAUGACCCGAAGCGGAGGCGGUGGCGCCCGGGACUAAGCCGGGGAUCUUGGAGGGAGACAGGAUGGCUUCGUGGAGCUCUGACACCCCGUGUUCCUGCGAUUGCUUUGUUUCCGUGCCCCCGGCCUCGGCCAUCCCAGCUGUGAUCUUUGCCAAGAAUUCCGACCGACCGCGGGACGAGGUGCAGGAGGUGGUGUUUGUACCAGCAGGCACUCAUGCCCCUGGCAGCCGGCUCCAGUGCACCUACAUUGAGGUGGAACAGGUGUCAAGGACUCACGCUGUAAUCCUGAGCCGCCCUUCUUGGCUGUGGGGGGCCGAGAUGGGCGCCAAUGAGCAUGGUGUCUGCAUUGGCAAUGAGGCAGUGUGGACCAAGGAGCCAGUUGGAGAGGGGGAAGCCCUACUAGGCAUGGACCUACUCAGGCUGGCUUUGGAACGGAGCAGCUCUGCCCUGGAGGCCUUGCAUGUGAUCACAGACUUGCUGGCGCGCUACGGGCAAGGGGGCAGCUGCCGGGAGGACCCCACACCGUUCUGCUACCACAACACAUUCCUGCUGGCUGACCGGACUGAGGCGUGGGUGCUAGAGACGGCGGGGAGGCUGUGGGCCGCACAGAGGAUCCAGGAAGGGGCUCGUAACAUCUCCAACCAGUUGAGCGUAGGCACGGACAUCUCGGCCGAGCACGCAGACCUUCGGACCCGUGCCCUGGCCCAGGGCUGGUGGGAUGGGCAGAGCACUUUUGACUUCGCUCAGGUCUUCUCCCUGACCCAGCAGCCUGUGCGCAUGGAGGCUGCCAAAGCCCGCUUCCAGGCCGGGCAACAGCUUCUGCAGCAGCAACAAGGGGGCAUCACGGCAGAGGUGAUGAUGGGCAUCCUCAGGAACAAGGAGAGCGGCAUCUGUAUGGACUCUGGAGGCUUUCGCACCACGGCCAGCAUGGUGUCCAUCCUGCCCCGGGAUCCCACACAGCCCUGCGUCCACUUCCUCACCGCUACUCCAGACCCAUCCAGGUCAGUGUUCAAACCUUUCAUCUUCGGGGCGGGGGCGGCCCGCCCCCAGGUGCUGUCCCCCACUUUUGGAGCACGGGACCCUAUUCGGACUCAGCCCCGAUUCCAGACUCAGGUGGAUCGCCGGCACACCCUCUACCUCCGGCACCAGGUGGCCCUGGGGCUGAUAGAGAGCGAGCAGGAUCGGGGGCAGCAGCUCCGGCAGAAGCAGCGGGAUCUGGAGCAGGAGGGCCUGGAGGCUGCGCGGCGGCUGCUGGCCGGGGAGCAGGUGCCACCCCCACAGGAGCUGGGCGGCCUCUUCCAGGCCUUUGUGGAAAGGGAGAGCCAGGUGUAUGCCUGAGCACCACGGGGCCGGGGUGGGCACAGGACCCCAGUGCAAUCCCUUUGCUCCCCUCAGCCUUGUUUUGGGUGGCCAGCUCGGCCUUUGCCUCAAUAAAGUAUGUUAUUUCCCUGUUCAGUGAA